UCUGGAGCAUUCCCCACUACCUCAGUCUGUUUUCUGAUUUUGUGCUUCCUUGGAUGUAAAUGAGUGCUGUCACUUGUCUUAGAGUAGCCAGCCACUGGAUGGGACAUCUGUCUUUGCUUUUUCAUAGGCUUAUGUUUACCCCAUCAAUUAUGAUGAAAAUUGCAUCAUUUCAUGACCUUCCUGAGGAGAAAGCUUUCUCCUCUCCUUUUGAACUCAGGCUGUUCAGGUACCUACUCAGAGCAACUUUGUAUGUAGCCAGUUGUUGAUACAAACAAUAUAGAAAUGUUAAUGGGAAAGAAACUGUUGGUUGUUCUUUGUUUCUGCUUUUUUGUUAAUCUGGCUGCAUGUGCUAUAGAAAUUUCCUAUAUUAAUGACUGUUUUCCUCGGUUAUUGUUAAAAUGCUAGCAAGGUAUAAAAAUGUGGGGUUUGCAUUUCUCAUGUAAAAGUGGUUUGAGCUUUAAUAUGCCUUUAUCACUGAAUUGGGCCAGACUUUUAUUCAUAUGGAAGAGCCAUAUGGGCAUCUGUUGCUCUUCUUUGUCCCAUCUUCAUCAUUUUACAUUUCAGGUUUGGUAUUUACUAUGCUCUUUGUAUUAUUUGCUCAGUACUUUCACUGUGAUUCUUCUUUCAGCUAUAUUUCUAUUCUGCUGUUAAUACCAAGCACACAUAAUACCAUCAAACUCUGUUUUGAUCCUGGACAAACAUACUAGUCUGGAUAUACUUUUGAAAUGUUGAAUCUUGGCUCAUCAUUUGCCUUCACAAAAGUAAUCCAAAAUUAAUCCAAGAUUUUCUGCAACCUCGAAAUGCCUGAAACUUUUUUUUCCAGGAAGCUAAAGCCUGUAAUAUCUUAUAUGACCAUAAAUUAUUUUUGUCUCAUGUAGGUUGAGCUACUUUCCUUGCCCUACCUGUUUGCUUUCAAGAUCCAUUUUGCUUUGGUGGUAAUGCCUGUUAGGUCUUCUUAUGAAUAAACUUAACUCACUAGCCCUGAGGGAGAGAAGUUAAUUUUUGUCCAGGUUAAUGAAUUAUCCCACUCAGCAAGAGCCUGAUGAAUGCCAGAGCUGGCAGGUGGACAAAGGCCAAGGAAAAUAUUUCAGAGAAUAAGAGAACUCAUUUUUGCCUCCUGAGGCUGCCUCAUGUAAUUUCACCUUCUUUUACAGAAUUUACUUGACUUUGUUAGGAAAAGCUACAGUGUGUGACUAGUUUCUCUGAGCUUCCCAAAUAGACUGUGAGAGAUACUUAAGUUAAAAAUUAUUUAUUCUGAUAAUUAUUUAUGUAACUUGCAUAUAUCAUCUAAAGAUUUUAUUAAAGGUACCGAUAAAACAGAGUACAUUCUUUCAUUACUUUAUUUUUCUUUAUCUUAGUUUUUCUGUUCUUGAAGUCAGGGAAACAUAAUCUGCAAUAUGCCUAUUUGAGUUGAUUGCUACCUCACAUUAACAUCCUUCCUGAAAAAGUUUUAUCAUAGCUGAGCAUCAGCAUUCAACCUUUUCUGCAGCACUUACUUUAAAAUUAUUUCAGAGGCACCUUGUUGAGGUGUGGUUAGGAAUAAUCCAUGAUUCAUUAACUCACUUCAAGCAUAUAAUUUGCAAAACUUCUAAUAAAGAUGCAGGUUAAACCACAUUAACCCUGAUAGUGUUCCUCACCUGUAUACCCUAUGGAACAAGUACAUUCUCAAUUAACCUACUGAAAAGGUAUUUACUGAUUAUCUCUGAUUAGUACACCACAGAGAGCCAUGGGAGACACACCAAGAAGGCCUAAUGUGACACUUCCAGGGAAAGCACUACACAACCUGGUGUGAAUUUGUGUAGAAGACUAACUCUGAGGUGAAGGGAAAUUGUAGAUAAUUAUCUGCUUUUGAGCUCCAGGAAAAUGCUCUACUCAUUGGUAUAUGAAUUACAUGCUGACAGUUAAGCAGCUGCAUCAUCUCUUGUGCACAGUAGGUCAUUUUCACUCUUUUUCAUAAAUGCUUCAGUUGCUAUUUCUUGAGCAUAUAGUGUGAGCUACUUAAUCACUCAGUGAUUGCUGAAGUCUGUAAAAUGUCAAAUUCAUUCAUUUUGUUUAUGUAUUUUGAAAUACAUAAAAACUGUCCUAUUCUCUUGUAAUCUGUUUCUCCACAGAGAACUUCUGUUGGCUGAGGGAGGCAUAACCUUUCACUGACUGAAUUUAUUAAAACCAGGCUGACACCAAGCCUGUGUGAACAGAUGGGAGGGAGAAAAAGGUCAAAGUAAAAGCCAUACAGAGGAAUUAUCAUUGCUACUCACAGAAGUGUAAAAACUGUGCUAUAAACCUAAUCUCUUACUUUUUACACCAACCAGCAUAAAUGUUCAAUAAAUUCAGAUGCUAAAUCCAUUUUUACUUAAGUGCUUUUAAAAUGCUGAAGUUGUAAUUUGAGGUAAUGAGGUGAAAACGUUAAAUUGGUCUAGUUGUUUGAUUGGCAUUGGGAUUGUCCUGUUCCUUGUCAAGUACAGAUCAUGAACUAUGGCUAUUUGUUGAUUACAACACUGAAACAAGAAGCGCAAAGAAAUAGAAAGGAUAAGCAGUGAGUAAAUGCUAUUCUCAUUAUCACUUUAGAAAUACUAAAUGCAUAAAUUUGACAACAUGUAUGUAGGUUGUGAGAAUGGCUGGAUCACGUGUCAAACUAGGGAUAAAACAGGGGCAGCUGGGGUCCAAAAGAUCACAAAAAGUAUUUUCUUGUUUUCAGCACCUUUCCUGUCAAGCAGUACACAAAGUGGAGGAUGCUCUCAGCUUUGACCUUGGGAACAGUGGAGGAGUAAAAAAAGGAGAGCAAGAGGCCUUACUGCUCUCACUGCUACCACUGUCCAUCUAGCUUCAGCUGCAUGGCUUGAAACUGGACUAGAUCGUUCCAAGAGUGCCCUCUGUGGGAGAUGAGUUGGGCUUAGGAACUCAGAUGAGACAGCAGCGCCACCAAAGAUGUGGAAGAAGGACUAGGGUAUCUAUUUUUUCCCCCCCCCCAAUUCUAUUAGUUGGCCUGAAAUAACACAUUACCUAUGGCAAGGGAGGACUAUGAAAUGAAGGCACAGAGUUCUUUGCUGGAUUGUCUCCUUGGGGAGCAGCUGCUUUAUGUGAGACAGUAAAGCACACCCUCAACGCCUGUUACUUGAAGCUGCAUAUUAUCAGCAUGCUAAAGAAUAUAUACAUUAUCCAGAUUGUUUUGGUUGGAAUGUACUAGUGUUACCAAAUACCCAUACCCGAUUUCUGUAGUCAAUAUCACAGCCUCAGAGUAAAGAGUACUGAUAUGCUGCCUGCCCAAAGAACAGACAUUUAAUGUAAUGGAGCCGUAGGACUGAAAGAGCUGCUUGAUUAUUUACUGUCAUGAUUGUUCAGUCAUGGUGAUGCCAACAUUCAAAAGAUAUUGUUUGCAUUAAGCUGUUUUGAGAUGUUGAACUAUGAAACACAAGAGAUUAAAAGAGGUGAAAAACAUCAAUUAAGAUACUUUGAUUUUUAUAAACACAGCUCUUCGAUCUUGCUAUACCUAUCUCUAUCAAACUGAAGAGUUCUUACAAAAUUUCUAUUCCUCACCAACUGGUACUAGAACACAGUCAGGUCUUUCAUUUUUUCCUGUAUAAACUUCGAUUUUCCUGGAUCCCCCGGGAAUAUUUUCCCCAAAUACUGAAUGUUGAAAUAAAUGCAGCAACAAAUGUAGCAGCGUACAGAUGAAUACAACUGUUUGGAAGUCACCCUGGCCCGGGGGUGCUCCGGGCGAGCUCUACUGCUCAGCGAGUCGCCCACGUUCUCCUCAGCCGCUGCUCCCGGGAGAGGGCCCCAGCCUUGAGUUACGGACUCGGAACCAUCUCCUGCUCAGUGUCGGUUCACCGGUGCCUCAGGGUUUUGCUCACCGCACGCUGCUUUACAGCACGGCAGCGCUUCCCUGGGAUAUCUUUCCUCUCUCCUCGCAGCCCGCCGCAAGCCUGCGGCUACUCCCAGAGAGCUGCAAUUCCCGGGAACAGGCGGGACAACCCAGCACCGCCCCGCAGGCCCGGCUCGCCCAAUCAGAACGCCCGUCUCUCACCCCGCGGCAUUCUGGGAGUUGUGGUCCGGGAUCGGCAAGCCCGCGCGGUGGGGCCACCUCGAUGAACGGCAUUGCCCAGAAAGCUCCACGGCGGCGACGCCCCGGGCCGAUUUGUCCCUGCAGGUGGUCUGCGAGCAGUCCGGACUCCGGCGGUCCCGGGAUGGCUGCUGCGGUACCUCCCGAUGCGCUGGGUCGGCGGGUCGCCUGUGGCACCGACUAUGGGACUGUGCGCUAUGUGGGCAGCGUGUCUCGUACUGUAGGAAUUUGGCUGGGUGUGGAAUGGGAUGAUCCUCAGAGGGGAAAGCAUGAUGGCAGCUAUGAAGGAACACAGUAUUUUAAGUGCAGGCAUCCUAAAGGAGGAUCGUUCAUCCGGCCAAACAAGGCAAAUUUUGGAGUAGAUUUUCUUACUGCGGUAAAGGAUCGGUACGGAUUGAAUGAUAAGCAAGAUGUUCAGUGUGGGACAGGGAAUACAGUAAUAUUUGGAACGAAGACUGUGGAAUUUGUUGGCAUGGAUUCUGUUGCAGAACAGCAAAGGCAACUGAACAAUCUGGUGGAUAUCUCGGUGCGUGAGUGUGCUGUGAGCCAUGCUGGUCAGGAAGAGGAAAUCAGCAGAACAUGUGCCAAUAUGAGGCAUAUAAACAUAUCAAAAAAUCUGAUAUCAUCUUGGGAGACAGUAAUAGCUAUUGCUUCUCAAGUUCAAAAUCUAGAAACACUUAAUGUCAGUGAAAACAAAAUGAGAUUUCCAUCUACAUCAACUUUUACAUCCAGUGCAUUUUCAAACUUGAAGAUUCUGGCACUUAAUCAAACUGAAAUAACAUGGACAGAGGUUCUUCUUUGUGCUCAAGGAUGGCCAGUACUUGAAGAGUUGUACCUUUCUUCUAAUAAUGUUACAAUUUUGGAAAGGCCUGAUAAUGUCCUGCAGACCCUGAAGUUGUUAGACCUUUCAGACAACCAGUUGCUGGAUGGAAAUCAGCUGCAUCUCAUAGCACAGCUCCCCAGAUUAGAACAGCUAGUACUUAGAAACACUGGGAUAUCAUCUAUACACUUUCCUGAUGCUGGAUUUGGAUGCAAAACUAAAAUGUUUCCUUCACUAAAACGCCUUGCAAUAAAUGACAAUAAAAUAUCACAGUGGUCAUCUAUCAAUGAGCUUGAUAAACUACCAAGUUUGCGGGCACUCCAGUGUAACAAUAACCCCUUCAUGGACACAGAGAAGAACCCAGAGACCCUGAUACAGCUCAUUAUUGCCAAGAUAAGUCAGUUGGAGGUUUUGAACAACUGUGAGAUCCUUCCUGCUGAAAGAAGAGGAGCAGAGCUUGAUUACCGCAAAAUAUUUGGAAAGGACUGGCUAGAAGCUGGUGGGCAUUGGAACCCAGAGAAAAACAAACCAAGUGAAGAAUUUCUUGCUGCCCAUCCCAGAUACCCAAUACUUUGUCUUAAAUAUGGAGCACCUGAAGAAGGAGAACUGAAGGGACAACAGCCUUUGACUCUGAAAAAUCAGCUCCUGACUUUGACAAUUAAGUGUCCUGAGAAACCUGAACAGAAGCCAGUGGAGAAAAAACUACCAGAGUCUAUGACUAUUCAGAAGGUCAAAGGACUGCUGUAUCGCCUAUUUAAAAUUCCUGGUUCAGACCUGAAACUGUCCUACGAAAGUUCUAAAUUGGAAGGAAAAGAAGUUGAACUAGACAAUGACUUAAAGCCUUUGCAGUUUUACUCAAUAGAAAGUGGAGACUGUGUGUUAGUACGAUGGUAAAAGGGGACUCUCUUGCUGGACUGAAGGAAAAGCUGACGCAAGACUUGCAGAAGAGACACAGACACACGGACAACCUGUGCCUAGCAGACAUAUAGGUGAAUGAAUUUCACACACGUGGCACCAAAGGGCUGUACAAUUGUACUUUCAGUUCCUCAACUUGAUCAUCAGCCUCCAGGAAAACAUCUGUUCCUUUGUCCUACCGGAGAAAUAUCACAUAGUGCUUAAAUGCUUCAAUUAAAUAAAACUCAAGGUCACCCUUUUGCCAAGAUUUUA